AUGCACCAUCGAGUAAGGGUUGUGGCCGACCCUGCCAAGGACGAACCACCGCCAAUCGUGAUAUACUCGAGCAGCAUGGACCUGUGCUCGUGCGACAUCGACGACCUGAGGCAGGUCUAUCUUCUCAAAGGCGGUCCGACGAUGCGAUACCAGGACCUAUAUGACGCAAUACUGAAGCGCCAAGCUGAGGGUGACCGGACAGGGAGUAUCAUCCUGCCGACGCCCCGGGUAUCUUUAUCCUCGCCAUCCAAGAGUCCGGUUGACGGCUUCGUCUGCAGGCUGCAGCCCGAUCCUACGCUAGGAAAAGCGCAUACGGUGGGGACAUACGAGAUAAUCGUGCAGUGCCUCGAGGCGGAGAGGCGUUUGAUCUUCCGCCUGGACGAGAUAACCUUCUUUCCCUGCCCGAAUUCGGUUGUCCUGAAAGCUGGUGUGUCUGCCGCCGCGACCGACCGAGCGGAAGGAGUAUUGAAGAUGACCCGCAUCUGGGAGGGAAAGGACGGCCAAGAACUAUUCGAGGGAUUCUUCUCAUUUGGCGAGACGCGGAAGUGGGCGGAGAUGACGAAGACUAACGAGGAGCACGGCUCCUGGCUAUCGUCGCCGAUCCAAGCGCGCUCCACCUUGAACGUGCCCUGGGCAGAGCUAAUGCUGCAGUCACCUUCCGGAUCCGCGGGGGCCAUUGAGAAACUGCAAUUCUCCCUACAAAAUUAG